AUGCCGUUUGCUCUCGCUGCGGGACUGUCCGGCACCAAUGCCACGUCAUCUAUCGUCCUCACUGCUGGCAUCGCCGAAGUCACAACCGGUGCUAUCUCCAUGGGACUCGACGGAUAUCUGGCGGCAAAAAGUGAAUCGGAUCACUACAUAAAGGAGUUGAGGAGAGAACAAGAAGAAAUCAUAAAACUUCCACUCUCUCUCUCCCUCACCCUCGCGCUCAUCAGGUUACUCUCCUUCGUAGUCUCCGUUGAGCUCUUGCUCGCCGUCGCUCGGGUCUCGUGCUCCCUACCAACUCUGAUCGAAGCUGCCACCGCUGAACACAGAUCUGGAGGGAAAGGGAACUUUUCCACCUGUCGUCGAAGCAUUUCAUCAGAAGAUCCGAUAAGCUGA